AUGCCUUUGGGUCCUCUGACCUAUCCCUGGCAGAGGAUCGAAUUAGCAGCAGAUGAGCCUUCAUUUUUGACCGAACCAUCACACUUUGAACUUUUAAGGGUACUGGGUCAGGGGUCAUUUGGAAAGGUUUUCUUAGUUAGAAAAAUCAAAGGCUCAGAUACUGGAGAAUUGUUUGCCAUGAAAGUCCUCAGAAAAGCUACAUUAAAAGUUCGAGAUCGGCUAAGGACGAAAAUGGAGAGGGACAUACUGGCCUACGUCAACCACCCAUUCAUCGUGAAACUGCAUUAUGCAUUCCAGACUGAAGGUAAGCUAUACUUGAUACUUGAGUUUUUGAAGGGAGGUGAUCUUUUCACAAGGCUAUCAAAAGAGGUAAUGUUCACUGAGGAUGAUGUGAAAUUUUAUUUGGCCGAAUUAGCACUGGCCCUUGAUCACCUCCACCAACUCGGGAUCGUCUACAGGGAUUUGAAGCCGGAAAACAUCCUCCUGGAUUCGGAGGGUCACGUGAAGUUGACGGAUUUCGGAUUGAGUAAGGAGGCCAUCUUCGAGGAGGGCAAGACUUUCUCCUUCUGUGGCACCGUUGAGUACAUGGCCCCAGAAGUCGUUAACAGGAAAGGUCAUGAUUCAGCAGCCGAUUGGUGGUCGUACGGGGUCCUAAUGUUUGAAAUGCUAACUGGGGCACUGCCCUUUCAAGGGUCCAAUAGGAAGGAGACCAUGACGAUGAUUUUAAAGGCCAAGUUGGGCAUGCCCCCGUUCCUCAGCCCUCACGCUCAAAGCCUGCUGAGGUGCUUGUUCAAGAGGAACCCUGCAAACAGGCUUGGGUCGGGUCCAGGGGGUGUGGACGACCUUAAACAGCACUCCUUCUUCUCCUCCAUAAACUGGAGCAUGCUCUAUGACCGUACGAUACCCCCACCUUUCAAGCCCUGCGUGCACCUCUUUGAUGAAGCUUUCCACUUCGACUCCGAGUUUACUUCCAGGACCCCUAAAGACUCCCCUGGAAUUCCCCCAAGUGCCAAAGCCCACGAUAUCUUUCGGGGCUUCAGUUACGUCGCCCCAUCCAUACUUUUUGACCGAUGGUCCUAUUCUACUUGCAGAAAAUGCCGUCACAAAACUACCUUGCAAUUUUUCGCUAUCAAGAUAAUUGACAAGAACAAGCAUAACCCACGGGAAGAGGUUGAGUUAUUGCUUAGGUAUUGUCAGCAUCCGAACAUCAUCACACUUCAUGACGUCUACGAAACGUCUAGCCACGUCUACCUGGUAAUGGAGUUGAUGAAAGGUGGUGAACUCUUCGACAAAAUUGUCAGGCAGAAGUUUUUUUCAGAGAGGGAAUCAAGUGCUGUACUCGAAACUUUAGCCAAAACUGUACAUUACCUACAUUCAAAAGGGGUUGUACAUAGAGACUUGAAGCCCUCCAACAUAUUGUACGCCGACGAUACAGGCUCGCCAGAAAGUUUACGCAUCUGCGACUUCGGCUUCGCUAAGCAACUCAGGGCUGAGAACGGGCUACUCAUGACGCCCUGCUACACGGCUCAUUUUGUAGCCCCUGAGGUACUAAGAAAGCAAGGGUACGAUGAGGCCUGUGAUACAUGGAGUCUUGGCGUUCUGUUGUAUACAAUGCUGGCUGGAACCACGCCAUUCGCCACUACCAAUAACGACACGCCAGCUGAUAUAUUAGCUCGUAUUGGAGAAGGAAGGAUAUCUCUGGAGGGCGGGAAUUGGGAGUCAGUAUCUUCCCUUGCCAAGGAUCUCGUGGCUCAGAUGUUACACGUAGAUCCGAAGAAAAGAAUUACACUACAACACGUUCUGAACCAUAGAUGGAUCGAACAAAGAGCCACCUUACCCCAGCUGAAGCUUAACAUAUGUGAUGAUAGUCUUAUCAAGUCAAGAAUCAAAGCCACCUUGAAAGCCAUACGACUAAACGAAACUUCCACUCUGGCCCUGGCACCCGUUGGCGCGUCACUAUUGGCUCAAAGGAGGGGUCGUGAAAGGCCCAAGAAUUCAACCGAGGUCUGA